UGCCCAAAAAUAAUUCAUUUUCAUUUCAAAAGACCCAGUGACCGAAACACAAAAAAAUUCGCAACAACAAAAGUGCAGUGACCCAACAAUUAAAAGCAAAUGAAAUAGAGAAAAGUGCGAAAAAAGGGUUGGUUACACACAACCGUACAUACAUACACGUAUGGACGGACGGCCAACACAAAAAUAUCAAAACACAUAAAAGAUCAGUUUUGGCAAUUUAUUAAAAACAAAAUAAUACACAAAUCACAAAUUAAAAAAUAUAUAGCGGCUCUCAGUGUUCUUCGUUUGGUUGUGGCAUUUAUUUUAUUGAAAAUUUGAUAAAAUAUUCCAACCAAAUGAAGAUCAAAACGAAAUAACAAAAGAAAAUAAUAACCAAAUUGCAAAGUGACAAUUAAAGUACAUAAAGACUCAAAUAAAACAAAAACUAAUUAAAUUAACAGGGUGACCCGUGUAAAAAUAAAAAUAAUUAAUUAAAUUUUAAUGUGCAAAAAAUUGACCCCAAAAUCAUUAGAAGUUGUGGUAAAUCAAAAAAGAAGUGUGCAAAAGACCCAAAAAACGUAAAGUGACCCGCACAGUGGAACAGAAGUGGAAAAAAGUGGAAUUUCAAAAAAAUUAUAAAAAUCAAAAAAUUUUUAAAUUGUUUAAAGAAGUUUCUUUGUGUUAAAUUGAAAAAAAAAGAGCUAAAAAAUUGAAAAAUUUAACAAUUUAUCGUCCAACCCAAAAUUUAUGUUAAUUUUUUUCUACAUAUUUUGAAAAAUUUUUUUCUCUAAAAAUCAUAAAUUUUUCAGUAUUUUAACUUAAAAAACAAAUUAGAGUGUUAAAACAGAAUUAUGGGUUGCUCGAUAAAUUUGUAAAUUUUAUCCCAAACUAAUUCUUUCUUUUUCUAUCAAACAUAAAAUAUUGUGCAUUUUCAAAAAACCCCAACAAAAUCAAAUUCGUGCGUUCCGUGUAAAAACACAAAAACAAAAAAUCUACGCUCUGGGAUAAAAACGGAAAAACCCGCUACAACGGUUAAAUUCCCAAAACUUCAUCAAAUCAAAAACACUAAAACAACAAAAUCCAAAACUCUAACGACACAAAGCUACAAAAAUUGCAAAAGGCGCCAACACACAAUUCUGGACCCAAGCCAAGCGCCCACCUACACACACACACAUACACACACAUCAAAAAAGAAGCUUCAAAAUAAUGGCCGGAUAUUUACCUCGCCCAGAGUCCCCACGACCCGCCAGACCCACACGCCCUCGCUUCGACCCACGGGAACCCAGGUAUCGCCCCGCAUCUUGGCAGUAUGCCUGUGGCCUCUGCCAGGAGGACCACGCCAUACGGUCAUGCCCGCGGUUCCGGCAAAUGACACCGUAUCAGAGAUACGAGACAGUUGAGAGACGGAGUUACUGUCGGAACUGUCUGGCGCGCAGCCAUCUGGCCCCAGACUGCCCCGUGGUCACUGCCUGCCGAACAUGCGACUACCGCCAUCACACAAUGCUGCAUGGAGCCCCACAGCUUAGGGAGACAUAUGGCAGCUACAGCCCGCCCCCAAUGGAGAUUGCCAACCCACGGCAACUUGCAAUCGAACCAGCCAACCAGAUGCCCAUCGUCCAAGGCCCUCCCCCGGUCGAGAUACCUUACAGCCGGGCCACUGUUUUUGUACCCACGGCGAUGGUGGAAUUGGCACCCGAGGAGCAGGACGAUUGGGCUGGGGUACGGGUACUUUUGUGCCAGGCAUCGACCAUCACCCGAAUCGCGGCAGCCACAGUAACUCGCCUGGGGAUACCAACGAGAGAGCGCAGAGGGCACCGUCUGGCAACAAUAAGACUUCGGUCAAGGCAUGCGUCGAGGAGGACCAUGUAUACCAUCCGGGCAGUGGUGACCCGGGAUUUGCCGCGACGACCCUAUUCAGAUCCCAUCAUUCCCGACCCCACAAGCAGCCUAAGAUCCCUUUCUUUGGCAGAUGCUGACCCUAGGGGCAACGAACCAAUCGAUGUAGAGGUAGGGGCCGAUGCCUACGCCCACCUCCGGAGGAGUGGUGUUGUACAACCCGGAUUGGGAGCCGUCUUCGCCCAGGAGACAGAUUGGGGAUACGUGUUCGUCGGCCCAGUCACCUCACAGGCAAGAAACCAAAAUUAAAAAGGUAAGAUGUCACUUCGUCACUUGGAGGGGGAGAAUGUUCAAAGUACGUUUGAACAUGAAGUCAUGUGCACCCAUGUGCAGACAUGCGUUCACGUAUGCACAUGACCCACUGUGCAUAACGGUACAUUGAAGUAAGUUCUUAAUCGCUGAUUCCGCCUUGACUUCAUAUUUGUUUACCUGGAAUUGUUGCUUGUAGCUUGGAAAGUUGACCGUUUUCGCGGGGUCCAAGUGACAAGCAACAACCAGAAAAAGAUCAGUCUCGUUUUAAAUCUCAAACCCGCGCAUCGUAUUCUCUCCCCCUCAAAGUGAAAACCCAAGUGAAGUGAAAAGUAAAAAGUGAACAUACAUACAAACAUAUAUAACUAGAGUGAACAUUGCAACAAUAAACUUUGAAACAGUGAACUAAUAUAUUUAAC